AGCGGGGCAUUGUGGGAGGGGCCCGCGUUUCGGCGGGUUCCGUCAAAAUGGCGCCCUUCUCGCCGGCGCUGCCCGCGAGCCCUUAGCCUGUGGGGGACCCGGGAGCCCGCGGGACGCGGGGCGGACGCGGGCGGCCGGGCCUCCGGAGCACGCCAGGCUCGGGGCGGAGCGGGCGAGCGCCGGGGCUUCGCGGGGCUCCCGCGGGCAGCCCCGGACUAGGAUGGCGACUCCGGACCAGAAGUCGCCGAACGUCCUGCUGCAGAACCUGUGCUGCCGGAUCCUGGGCAAGAGUGAAGCCGAUGUGGCCCAGCAGUUCCAGUAUGCUGUGCGAGUUAUUGGCAGCAACUUUGCCCCAACUGUUGAAAGAGAUGAAUUUCUAGUAGCUGAAAAAAUCAAGAAAGAACUUACCCGACAGAGAAGAGAAGCAGAUGCUGCAUUAUUUUCAGAACUCCACAGGAAACUUCACUCACAGGGAGUUUUGAAAAAUAAAUGGUCAGUUCUCUACCUCUUGCUAAGCCUUAGUGAAGAUCCACGCAAGCAGCCUAACAAGGUUUCUAGCUAUGCCACGUUGUUUGCUCAAGCGCUACCCCGAGAUGCUCACUCCACGCCCUACUACUAUGCCAGGCCUCAGACCCUGCCCCUGAACUACCAGGACCGCAGCGUGCAGCCGGCCCAGAGCUCUGGCAGCCUGGGCAGCAGUGGCGUCAGCAGCAUCGGCGUGUGUGCCCUCAGCGGCCCGACCCCGACGCCUCAGCCUCUCCUUCCGGGACAGUCUCACCCAGCUCCGGGCGUGGGAGAUUGUCUUCGACAGCAGCUGGGCUCACGUCUUGCGUGGACUUUAACUGCAAACCAGCCUUCUUUACAAACCACUACCUCGAAAGGUGUCCCCAGUGCUGUUUCUCGCAACGUGACGAGGCCACGGAGAGAAGGGGAUGCAGGUGGUGCCGUGGAAGUUGCCGAGGCAGCCCUAGUCAGAGAUAUUCUGUACGUCUUCCAGGGCAUAGAUGGCAGAAAUGUCAAGCUGAGCAACGCUGACAACUGUUACAAAGUGGAGGGAAAGGCAAACCUAAAUAAAUCUUUGAGGGAUACGACAGUCAGACUUGCUGAGUUGGGAUGGUUACAUAAUAAAAUCAGAAAAUACACUGACCAGAGGAGCUUAGACCGUUCAUUUGGACUUGUAGGCCAGAGCUUUUGUGCUGCAUUGCACCAGGAACUCAAAGAAUACUACCGAUUACUCUCUGUUUUACAUUCCCAGCUACAGUUAGAAGAUGAUCAGGGUGUGAAUUUGGGCCUUGAGAGUAGCUUAACGCUCCGGCGUCUCCUGGUUUGGACGUACGACCCCAAGAUAAGACUGAAGACCCUGGCGGCCCUGGUGGACCACUGCCAAGGAAGGAAGGGAGGUGAGCUGGCUUCAGCCGUCCACGCCUACACCAAGACGGGGGACCCCUCCAUGAGGUCCCUGGUGCAGCACAUCCUCAGCCUGGUGUCGCACCCCGUCCUGAGCUUCCUUUACCGGUGGAUCUACGAUGGGGAGCUUGAGGACACGUACCACGAAUUUUUCGUAGCAUCAGAUCCAACAGUGAAGACAGACCGGCUGUGGCACGACAAGUACACCCUGAGGAAAUCGAUGAUCCCAUCCUUCAUGACGAUGGACCAGUCCAGGAAGGUCCUUUUGAUAGGAAAAUCAAUAAAUUUCCUGCACCAGGUUUGUCAUGACCAGACGCCCACUACAAAGAUGAUAGCUGUGACCAAGCCUGCAGAAUCACCCCAGGACGCUGCAGAUUUUUUCACAGAUUUGGAAAAUGCGUUUCAGGGGAAAAUUGACACGGCUUAUUUUGAGACCAGCAAGUACCUACUGGAUGUUCUGAAUAAGAAGUACAGCCUGCUGGACCACAUGCAGGCCAUGCGCCGGUACUUGCUGCUCGGUCAGGGAGACUUCAUCAGGCACUUAAUGGAUUUGCUCAAACCAGAACUUGUCCGUCCGGCUACGACUUUGUACCAACACAACUUGACUGGAAUUCUUGAAACAGCUGUCAGAGCCACCAACGCCCAGUUUGACAGCCCUGAGGCCCUCAGAAGACUGGAUGUGAGGCUGCUGGAGGUCUCUCCAGGUGACACCGGCUGGGACGUUUUCAGCCUGGAUUACCACGUCGAUGGGCCCAUUGCAACCGUGUUCACCCGAGAGUGUAUGAGCCACUACCUGAGAGUGUUUAACUUCCUUUGGAGGGCCAAGCGGAUGGAGUACAUCCUCACUGACAUCCGGAAGGGGCACAUGUGCAACGCCAAGCUCCUGAGAAAUAUGCCAGAAUUCUCUGGGGUGCUGCACCACUGUCACAUUCUGGCUUCCGAGAUGGUCCAUUUCAUCCAUCAGAUGCAGUAUUACAUUACAUUUGAGGUGCUUGAGUGCUCCUGGGAUGAACUUUGGAACAAAGUGCAGCAGGCCCAGGACCUGGACCACAUCAUCGCCGCGCACGAGGCCUUCCUGGACACCGUCAUCUCCCGCUGUCUGCUGGACGCCGACUCCAGGGCACUUUUAAACCAGCUGAGGGCCGUGUUUGAUCAAAUCAUCGAGCUCCAGAACACUCAGGACGCCAUCUACAGGGCCGCCCUGGAGGAGCAGCAGAGGCGCCUGCAGUUCGAGGAGAAGAGGCAGCAGCGUGGGGCCGAGGGCCAGUGGGGGGUGACGGCCGCAGAAGAAGAGCAGGAGAGCCAGAGGGUCCGGGCGUUCCAGGAGUCGAUACCAAGGCUGUGCUCGCAGCUGCGCAUACUGACGCACUUCUACCAGGGCAUCGUGCAGCAGUUCCUGGUGUUGCUGACGACCAGCCCCGAUGAGAGCCUGCGCUUCCUGAGCUUCAGGCUGGAUUUCAACGAGCAUUACCGCGCCCGGGAGCCGCGGCUCCGCGUGUCCCUUGGCGCCAGGGGCCGGCGCAGCUCCCACACGUGA